GCAUUUAUGCGACUGUGUCCUCACCUGUGUGUAUCUGUGUCCAUGUGUAUGUGUUCCUAGCACGGUAUUCUGUAUCUAUAUAUCUCCUGUAAGUCCUAAACAAUGAGCAGCAGCAACCUCGGCGGUCUAGACCAAGCGGUACCCAGCUGUAGCAGCAACAUCAGAAACAACAAUGACAACAACAACAACGAAGCAUCAACGAGUAGCAGCCACAACAGCAACAUCAGUAGCCGCUUAGCCAGAAUUCGUAACUACAAGUUAGCUAAUUGGUUUCCACACCGCGCCGAGGAGAACAAGCGCAAGAAGCGGGUGGAGCAGCAGCGCCAGCAGCAGCGCCAGCGGCGGGGGGCCAAGGUCUUCAAAUGUGUCAGCGACUCCACCGGCCACCUGACCCUGGCCCCCUCCCGCCUCUUCGAGCGCACGCCCAUGAGUCCCUCGGACAGUCUGGACGAGAUAGCCCUCCAGAUACCCAGAGUUCGAGUGGAGUACUAUGUGAACGAAAACACAUUUAAAGAAAGACUGCAACUCUAUUUCAUUAAGAAUCAGCGUUCAAGCUUACGCAUACGAAUCGCCGAUUUAUUCCUUAAGUUACUGUCGUGUGUUCUCUACAUAAUACGUGUGAUAUUGGAUAAAAAUCCAACCUUUAUAACAUGCUAUGGCUGCGAAGUUGGCAACAAGACAGAGUUCAUCAUCUCGGCCCAGCUGACGGAGGAGGAGUUCCAGGAGAAUCCCAUCAUCAAUUGGGACGCCAUACUUUGGGUGAAUAGGCCGACAGUGCUCUGGGUCCUGCAACUAAUGCUGGCCAUGGUGUCGUUAACGCAAUCCUUGGUUCUCACAUAUCUAGGCUAUAAGGGCAACAUCUGGCAACAGAUACUCUCAUUUCACUUUAUACUAGAAUUAGUAACGACAAUACCCUUUGCACUAACGAUUGUUCACCCGCCACUUCGGAACUUGUUCAUACCCAUUUUCCUCAACUGCUGGCUGGCCAAGCGUUCGCUGGAAAAUAUGUUUAAUGACCUUCAUCGGGCCAUGCAGAAGUCUCAGUCGGCGCUUUCCCAGCAACUAACCAUUCUGUCAGCCACUUUGCUGUGUUUGGUGUUUACCAGCGUUUGUGGCAUCCAGCACUUUCAGCGGGCUGGCCAUCGUCACUUGAACCUUUUCCAGAGUACUUACUAUGUGGUUGUGACCUUCUCCACGGUGGGUUACGGUGACUUUGUGCCGGACAUCUGGCCGUCGCAGCUCUACAUGGUCAUCAUGAUUUGUGUCGCCCUCAUUGUCCUGCCCACACAGUUCGAGCAACUGGCGUUCACCUGGAUGGAGAGGCAGAAGCUCGGAGGAAGCUACAGCUCCCAUCGGGCCCAGAGCGAAAAGCAUGUGGUGGUCUGCUCCACCACCCUCCACGCGGACACCAUAAUGGACUUUCUCAACGAGUUCUACGCCCACCCGCUGCUGCAGGACUUUUACGUAGUCCUGCUAAGCCCCAUGGAACUGGACACCACGAUGCGUAUGAUCCUUCAAGUGCCCAUUUGGGCGCAGCGCGUUAUCUAUAUACAGGGCUCCUGUCUGAAGGAUGGCGAUUUGGCCAGGGCUCGAAUGAACGAGGCGGAGGCGUGCUUCAUCCUGGCGGCCCGCAACUACGCCGACAAAACGGCCGCCGACGAGCACACCAUCCUACGAUCCUGGGCCGUCAAGGACUUUGCGCCGAAUGUGCCGCAGUAUGUGCAGAUUUUCAGGCCGGAGCACAAGCUGCAUGUCAAGUUCGCCGAGCACGUCGUCUGCGAGGAUGAGUUCAAGUACGCCCUCCUGGCCAACAACUGCACCUGCCCCGGCGCCAGCACGCUGGUCACCCUCCUCCUUCACACCUCCCGCGGCCAGGAGGGCCAGCAAUCGCCGGAGGAGUGGCAUCGCUUGUACGGGAAGUGCUCCGGAAACGAGAUCUAUCACAUUGUGCUCGGAGACAGUCGAUUUUUCGGUGAAUACGAGGGCAAGAGCUUUACAUACGCCAGCUUCCAUUCGCAUCGCAAAUACGGAGUGGCCCUGGUGGGCGUGCGUCCGGCAGAACUGCCGGAAUUCUACGAGGACACCAUUCUGCUGAAUCCAGGACCCAGGCACAUUAUGAAAAAGGAUGACACGUGCUAUUACAUGAGCAUCACCAAGGAGGAGAAUUCCGCAUUCGUCGUUAAUCAAAAUCAAACAUCGGACCCGGCGGCAGCUGCCAAGGACGCUGGCGGUGGUGGAGGCGGGGGCGGUGGUCCCUCCUCCUCCGCCUCCACCCACCCAGCGGCUGCAACUGCCAGCGAUAAUCCGACGGCUGUGAUAAUCUCGGACUCCAGGCAGAACCUCAGGGACACCACGGUGACCCAGACGGCGGCCACCAUCACCACCACCACGACCUUGCCGCCGCCGCCGCCGCAGGCGAGUGGAUCGGGCGGCCUUGGGGUGGGCAGUAGCCUCAAUGUGGGCACGUCCCUGAGCAUUACCCCGGCAACCUUGACCACGACGGGCAACCACCUGGACGUGCCCUUUGCCAACAACCCGAACCUGCUCAGUCCGGAUGUGCUCAACCAGCGAAGGGGAAGCAGACGCCCCUCGAUCCUGCCCGUGCCCGACAUGUUCACCUCCUCCUCCUUCAGCAUCGCGGGCAACGACGACGGCGAGGAGGGUGACGAAAGCGACGACGAGAUCGAUGACGAAAUGCCCUGGCGUUCGCCCUCCGAGAAGAUUGCCUGCUUGGGUGGGCACUUUCCACAAUCGCGCACCUAUUCGCUCAUCAUGAGCUCCUCGGAGGAUUCGUAUCAGCGCAGUUGCAGCUUCUGUAAUGCCACUGCCACUGCUGCUACUGUUGCUGCUGCUGAUGUUGCAGCUGAUGGAGCUGCUGCCGCUGUUGGGGAGGAUGACGAUGAUCCUGGUGCCUCCACCGAUUUGCCAACUGCCCUGCCGUCCGAGGAGUACCUGCCCCAGUUACGUAGGCGCGUUAUGAGGAAGAGCUACAGCUGCGACAGCGAGUGCCGAAGUGUUCCCGAAAUGGGACUGGGAAUGGGAGUGGGGCUGGGACUGGGCGGAGGAGCCCUGGCCAGACUGGCAGCGGCCCGCAGGCGGCAACAGGAGAGGUGUUGCUCCUGCAGUUGUUCCACUACCUCGGCCACAACAACGACCACCACAGCGGCGGCGGCGGCGGCAGCAGCAAGAGUAGGUGGAGCAGGGGCAGGAGCGGCAUUCACGUCGAGCAGUUCCGUACAGACACGGCCCGGGCGUCCGGUUUGGGCCGCCGACUACUCCGGCAUUGUCAAGGGCUUUCCGCCCGUGUCACCCUUCAUCGGCGUGAGUCCCACGCUCUGCUACCUGCUCAAAGAGAAGAAGCCCCUCUGCUGUCUCCAGCUGGCCCAGGUCUGUGAGCACUGCAGCUACCGGAAUGCCAAGGAGUACCAGUGGCAGAACAAGACGAUCAUCCUGGCGGCGGACUACGCCUCCAACGGCAUCUACAACUUCAUCAUUCCGCUGAGGGCUCACUUCCGCUCUAAGACGUCUCUGAAUCCGAUCAUCUUGUUGCUGGAGCGAAGGCCGGACGUAGCCUUUCUGGAUGCCCUCUCGUACUUCCCAUUGGUCUACUGGAUGCUGGGCUCGAUAGACUGCCUGGACGAUCUGCUGAGGGCUGGCAUUACGCUGGCCGAGAGCGUGGUGGUGGUCAACAAGGAACUGUCCAACUCGGCCGAGGAGGACUCCCUCUCCGACUGCAACACCAUUGUGGCUGUUCAGAACAUGUUCAAAUUCUUUCCCAGCAUCAAGAGCAUCACAGAGCUGUCGCAGAGCUCCAAUAUGAGGUUCAUGCAGUUCAGAGCCCACGACAAGUACGCCCUGCACCUCAGCAAAAUGGAAAAGCGCGAGAAGGAGCGCGGCUCGCACAUCUCCUACAUGUUCCGGCUGCCGUUCGCGGCGGGCGCCGUAUUCAGUGCCUCGAUGCUGGACACCCUGCUCUACCAGGCCUUUGUCAAGGACUAUGUGAUUACGUUUGUGCGACUGCUUUUGGGAAUCGACCAGGCCCCCGGCAGUGGCUUCUUGACUUCGAUGCGCAUCACCAAGGACGACAUGUGGAUACGCACGUACGGGCGACUGUACCAGAAACUCUGCUCCACCACCUGCGAAAUACCCAUCGGCAUUUACCGCACCCAGGACACCUCGAAUGCGGACACCUCUCAUGUGAGUAACUCGCCGGUAGAGCGAUGGGGACCCUUCUCGGCCUUCAGCAGACAUUGUGUGCGCUUGCGUCCAUCGUACGACGAGGAGACCGGCACCCCGGACUCGACGAAGGACUCGACGGAAAUGCUGCGCGGAGUCACCUACCGCCCCCCGUCGUCGGCAACAGGUGGCGCCAGCAGCUUCCGGCCGCAGCAGCAGCGCCAACGUUCGGUCAAUUGUCUGGGCGGUUGCUCGGAGCGUAAAGGAUCAACCUAUUCCAUCAACUUGGCCGACGAGGCCCGGGACAACCACGCCCAGCAGAUCGAGAGGGCCGAGAUCGCGAACCUGGUCAGGAGUCGGAUGGAGUCCCUGAACCUGCCCACCAUCGACUACGACGAUGUCAGCGAGAAGCGCAACCACCUAUCCUAUGUGAUAAUAAAUCCAAGCUGUGAUCUCAAAUUGGAGGAAGGCGAUCUCAUCUACUUGGUCAGGCCAUCGCCGUUCUCGGCCCAAAAGACAUUCGAACGCCAUAACUCGCGCCGGAAAUCGAACAUCUCGUUCUGCUCGAACAUGAACCUGGGCGGCCAGAUGCCGCAAAUGCCGCAGAUGAACAUGAAUAUGGCCAAUACCGCCGUCGGGGCUGGAUCGCGACGCGGUUCCGGCAUCGCCGGCUUGAACCCGAUGCAAAUGCAGAGCGUUCAGACAUUGGCCGGGUAUGGAUCAUCCUCGCAGCGCUGUAGCCCCCCGAUGCAGCAAAUUAAAUCGAAUUCUCUUUCUCUACCCGACAGUCCGACGGUGGUUGGCAAUCAGCGAGGACGGAGUAACUCAUUGCGGAUCGACAACGACAUCCUGCUCCGUCGAUCCUCGUCCCUGCGACAGGGCCUUCCCAGCGUCGGCGUCAGCCACGGCCGGAGAAAGUCGUCGCUGGAGGAGAUCGGCAUCAGUCAUUUCACCACCCUCAUGCAAGCAACGAAUCACAGCAAUCCCAUCAAGAUAUCGCUCAACGGCAGCAUAGGCAUGGAGAACCAAAUCUCCUUGCAGGUAACCCCGCCCGAGGAGCCCACCCCCAUGCUGGGUGUUCCGUGCGUGGUGGGCGGUGGCGGUGGUGGCGGCAUCAAUCCUUCCGGGGCCGGAUCCUCCACCGGCGGCCUGCUGGGUGCCGGCUCCUCGCUGGCCAUUAAUACGGCGGAUCUGGGCCCGGGGCCGAGCACCUCGUCCGGCGCCGGCGGGUCCCUGCAGGCCCAGGACUCUCUAGGCCAGGCGCCGUCGCAGGUGUCCUCGCCGCAGCAUCUGCAGGGCACGAUUGUAUGAUACAACCUGAUGUGGGGGCGCCGCCUCCGCUCCUCCAUGUCGAAAAACAAAUGGAUAUAGAAUUCGGCCGGCACACACAGACACACGCGUAGAGAUAAGUUCUGAUCGGAGCAAAAGUAUUAUUAAUCCAAGCAAAUCAGCCCACCCCCUACUAACUAAAAGAUAAACUGUCUGUGGUGUGUGUCUCCCUGGGAACCCCUCCUCCCCCAACGGUCCCAUUAAGUUAAAGCGUGCUUAUCGUUUUAUCCCUAGAGGGAUACAUAAAUUCAAAUAUAUAAAAUAUAUACUAAAUCUAAUAAUAAGCAAUGAUUAUGUCGGCUUGGCUAUCGGAAGAGCCGCAGCAAAGUGUGUUUUGGGAACAACAACUGUAGUUAAACUAUUGGAUACGACGAUGAUUUAGCAAACUCUGUAUAACUGUAUAUAUAUAUAUCUGAUGCUUAGUCUAUCGGGCUUUAAUGCUACAGAAUAUAAUAAUAA